GUGUGAAACUUGUGUUUCCAUAAACUUUUACAAUUAGAUCAGUUACUGAUAGUUUAGAUUUCCAUUUAGAAAUGGUGUUACUACAUUACAUGGUAGUACUGUGGGUGUCGGCGACGGCGACUAGCUAUCACAUCCUUUGUCUCCAGUCGGGACUCUCAAGGAGCCAUUACAACCUACUCUCAGAAAUAAAAAACAUAUUAAUUAAUGCAGGACAUACAGUGACAUUCGUUACACCGUUUCCUGAACCGAAUCCACCAACGAACCUGCGCUACAUUGACAUAAGUUCGGUUGCGCAUUAUUGGUCAGAAAUGGAUUUCACCAAACUAGACUUUUGGAAAAUGGAUUUUGUACGGUCAAGCGCAUUAUGGCGUUCGAGUUGGGUUCUCAACACCACGGCGAUGCAAGAUGCCUUGGUCAAUACCCAAUUUGAUGCCAUAUUAAGCGAAUGGCUGUUCACUGACUUAGAUGCUGGAUAUGCCGCUGUUCAAAAUGUACCAUGGAUCGUUCUCUGCGGCACCCUGAUCCAUCCAGAAGUACAGCGACUGGUGGACUUCACGAGAGACUUGGCAGCGUCGCCAUUCCUGAUGACAGCAUUCCUGCCACCCAUGAACUUUGUAACGAGACUUGUAAAUACAUUUACCUACUUCAGAGUUACCUGGAAAUUUGAUUCAAGAACGGAGAAGGAAUACAAUAAUAUUUUUGCGCCCAUAGCAAAAGCCAGAGGCGUGUCGUUGCCGUCAUUCUACGACGCCGUGUACAACGUGUCUCUAUUGUUAUUGAACAGUCAUCCAUCUUAUGCGCCAGCUAUCGGUCUUCCACCGAACUCAAUUGAAGUUGGAGGAUACCACAUUCCAGAUAAAGUUCCACCACUGCCAAAGGAUUUGCAAGAAUUGUUAGAUGCAUCUCUUAAGGGAGUUGUUUAUUUUAGCCUGGGUUCCAUUAUUCGUGUAGAUAUGUUACACAACAGCACAAUAGAAGAAUUGAUUAAAGUGUUCAAAAACAUGCCACAAACAAUUUUAUGGAAGUUAGAUGCUUCAAUUAACAAUGUUCCUAAAAACGUACAUAUUAAAUCUUGGAUGCCACAGACAAGUAUACUUGCUCACCCUAAUGUAAAGGUGUUCAUAACACACAGUGGUCUGCUCAGCACGAUAGAAGCGGUGAAGUUUGGAGUACCCCUGAUAGCAGUGCCUUCGUUCGUAGACCAACACACCAACUCUCACAACGCCGUGAAAGCGGGCUACGCGAUCGAAGUGCCAUUCUCACCAAACAUGGCAGGAGACAUAUACGAUGCUUUACAGGAGAUAUUAUCAAAUGAAAGCUAUUGUAGACGAGCAAAGGAGGUAUCGCACUUAUUUAACAACCGCAUUGUGGAUCCGAAGAAGCUCAUCCUCCAUUAUAUUGAGCUUACCAUCAACACAAAAGGUGCUGCCCACCUACGCCUGUCGCACGAUUUGGAAUGGUACGAAAUAUGGAUGCUCGAUCAGAUCGCCUUUUUACUUUUUUUAAUCUACGUCACGUUUAUACAACUGAGGAAACUUAAAAAUUACGUCACGAAUAGACUAGCGAAAAUAAAGUUCAAAAUUCAGUAAACAAUGUAAUUUUAUUUCAAUAAUAUGGCGUUUACCUUUGUAAAUGAAAUCUACAGGAUGUAAUAAAACUA